AUGCUCAUGAAAAUGGUUUGGCCCCCCGAGGACAUCUGGAAUGACCAGGAUGGUCUCAUGCAGUACUACCAGAACCAUGCCAUCCCCAUCCACCCCCAGCCAGGCGCCCUCGUCGCCAGUGUCAUCGUCUCCAUCCUCGGAUCCUACGCCACCCUCCUCGUCCUAGGCAGGCGAACCGGCUCCAGAGGCUGGACAAACCACAUCUUUCUCUUCCUCGCCGCCGUCGUCUUUAGUUCAACCGCCGUCUGGUCUAUGCACUUCUUGUCCAUGACAACUAUCCGGCUCAAGGCUUCUCCCAGCUUCAACCCUGGUAUGACCACAAUGUCUCUGUUCGUUCCGAUGGUCGCCACAGCCUUGUCUUUCUGGGUCGUCGGUUCCCAACUGGCAUUCUCCGUAUGGCGUGUCAUUGUCUCGGGAAUCACCACCGGCGGCACGAUUUGUCUCAUGCACUACUCGGCUUCCUUCAGGCUUCCCAACUUGUCCGUGUCGUAUACUGCGGUCACCGUCGUCUUUGCAUUCAUCUUGGCCGUCCUCGCCGCGACCGUCGCACUCUUCCUCUUCUUCCGUCUGCGUGAACAAUGGCAAGACUCUUGGUGGAAGCGUGGUCUCUGUGCCAUCGUCUUGGCUGCUGCAGUCUGCGGUAUGCACUACCUCGGUCUCGGUGGUACUUCAUACAGGACCACAACCACGACGGACGCCGACCAGCUCGUACGUAACAGUAGUCAGAGUAUCAAACUCGCCGUCGCCAUCUCUGUCAUGUGCGGUGUCAUCCUGCUUAUCUGUUUCCUGAUCGCCCUGCUCGACGCCUUGACUCGUCGAUCGAUCCGAAACAAGGCCAGAAACAUUGUGGUUGCCAGUGCUUCUUUCGACAAGACCGGAAAGCUUUUGGUCAAGAAUGACGGUACCAUUCCCAUGCAGGUCAUCUCUACCGAUGCCGACCUUCAGCGCGUGCUUCGAGAGCUCGACCCCCGACAGCCCACGUUCCAGUGGCUCUACCAGCUCUCCUUCAACUGGUCCGUCGUCACCCCCUUCGUUCCCCGUAUCCUCCGCUCCGUCAUCGACCGAUCCCGCGGCAAAGUCCAGCGUGCGAGCCCCAUGGAACGCGGCAUGCCCAACAACUCGUGGGAGACGCUCCUCUUCCGAAGCCGAUUCAUUGAAGCUUCCGUCUUGCUCGCGCAACAGCUCGACCUGUCUGUCGAAUCCCUGGGCUACAUGUUUGACCGUGUCUUGACUACCGGAACACAAGUGCCUGUGGCGGACGACCCCAACAAGGAAAAGUCUGCCGAGGAGGGCAAGGGCGGGCUCAAGGGCGACGAUGAGAGCUCGAUCCACGGUGUCACCCUCCGUCUGCGAAACUCUGAAGGUGUCAUGAUCUUCCUUGUCCGAGAAAUCGGCAGUGGCCACCCCUCGGCGUGGGACAAUCCCAGCGCCGACAAGAAACAGCUGCGAUCAGUCGACAAUGUCGACCACUACUCUUCUCGCGGUUACCGUAUGGCUGAGACCCGAUUCUUCAGUAAAGCCAUGGCCGACCACUUUGGUGUCUCCAAGCAAGAGAUGGACGUCUUUCUUUCGGCGUGCAAGACGUAUGCCAAGCGAGGUACGAGGCCCGUCGUGCAGAGCCAGGGUGCCUAUCUCGGUCUUUUCGGUGUACGACCGACCGGCGAGAGGGAGAAUCUCGAUGUCUUGGUCUACAACUUUGCCCGUCACCAGAUCCCUGCCUACCGUCUGCCGGAUGUCCAAUACCCCAUGUCGCCUGCGAUGAUUGCCUGGAUCCGCCAGCUGGCCAACUGUACCAUGGGCGAGUUGCUCGAGCGCUGUAACCAAGCCGUCGCGAUUGCCGAGUCUGCCGACGACGGACAGUCACUCAACUCGCAGGUCGACGAGCAGCUUUACGAAUUCCAAGCCGCGCUCGCCGUAUCUAUUGAAGCCCUUGUCACCGCCCUGCGAUGCUGGCCGACUCUCUUGCAGAUCGCUACCCUCUCCCCUGAGAUCCUCGAGAUCCCCGCGUCGGAGAACGACGCCGAAGAGCCAGCGCAAAUGGUCGUCAUUGAAGUCAUUCUCCCUGCCCCCGACGCCCGUCUCACACCCGUCCAGUCCCGUGCUUCCGGUGUUCAGGCGCCCAACCUGUCGGGCCGACACGAGACCGACAAGCCCCCUGCGCCAUUCGUCUACACGCCCUUCUCCCUAUUUGCUAAAUCCCAGGCGAUGCUCCUCCGUGCGAGGGCGUACCAAGAGUUCUCGAGGGCCACCGGUGCCGAUCUCAACAGGGUUUACCCGCUUGUCCCCACCGACGUGGCGGCAGAAAUUGAAGCUUACGACAAUGAAAAGUCUUCAGGGCCGACAGUCAACCCGUUCUCCAAAUUCAACAGGAUGAGCAAGCACAACAAGGGUCUGCUGGUUGAUGUGGAUGCGGCCAGGGGGGUGGAUCAAGUUGGUGAACUCCCCAACUCGCCUAUCGGGUCCGACACGACCGAGUCCGGGCAGCAUGAAAAGUCUUUCGGUUCCUUCUCGUCCGUCGCCCCGCUCAACCAGAGGAUCCGACCCAGCACGGGCGGCUCAGACAACUCGGUGGCUCCGAUGGAGGGCAGUGGUGUCAAGAAGGGCCUGACGAGCUUGAUUUCCAAGGCCACAGGCGGGUAUGGUGCCGAGGAAAAGCUCGAUGAUGCGUCCAUCCUUGAGCCUCCGGCGGUCAAUCCGCCAGUGUUUGAAGGUGUCAGGACCAAGACGGAUGGAUGGUUCAUGAGGAGUAUGCGAGACCUUGAGCGGACGGACCGCAUGGGAAUGCUCGACGGUGUGCAAUGGGGCGAGAGGCAUUAG